AUGUCCCCGAAGAAGCGCCUGCACUUGUCGUCCGCUGGUCCCAACCCAGAAGACCACGUCGAGGAAGCAACUCCCGGUGUCUCUACCUCUGGCACGGAAGAUUCCGAGGAGGAAGAGGAGGAAGUUAGCGACAGCAGCCGCAGCAGCAGCAGCGAGGACAGCAAAGACUACGGUGGCAGCCAUUCGUUGCAGAUUGAUGGCGCCGACAUCGACGACUCAUCUGGAAUGCAUAUCUUUGUCAAGACCCCCACCGGCAUGACAAUCCGCCUCAAGGUCCACUCAUCUAACACCCUGUACACCGUCAAGGCAAAGAUCCAGCAGCAGUACUGCCUCGUCUUUGACGGGGUGCGGCUAGAAGACAACCGUACAUUGGCCCAUUAUGGCAUCCAGCAUGACUCUACGAUUGACCUCCAGGAAAAGAUGCAAAUCUACGUGACGGAGACGCGGGGUGGCAGGACCAUCGCCCUCGAGGUCGACAGCCUAGACACCAUCGGCAACGUGAAGUCCAAGAUCCAGGAGAUGGAGGGCUUUCCCAAGGGCCAGCAGUGCAUCAUCUUCGCCAACAAACAGCUGGAGAACGACAACCGCACCUUGGCUGACCACAACAUAUGGAAGGAGUCCACCCUCCUCCUUGUCCUCCGCCCGUGUAGGCCAGAAAAAAGUAGGAUAAUGCAGACCUUUGUCAAGAACCUGGAAGGCAAGACCCUCACCCUUGAGGUUGGGCAAUCGGACACCAUCAACAGUGUCAAGGUGAAGAUCUACGAGAAGGACGCCAUUCCACCUAGAAAGCAGCGCAUCAUUUUUAAUGGCAAUCAGCUGGAGGACCACCACACCAUGGCGGACUACAAGAUUGGCAGGAAAUCUACCCUUCAUUUGGCGCUUCGCCUUUGUGGUUGCUGA